CAUCGAUCCAACAUCUCGAUCGUCUUCUGUUUGCAAGCAUCAACUCAUCUACUACGAUGAACUUCGGCAUCAUUAAUAAUCGCCGUCCAGACCCGCGGAAGCGUGGCGGUGCGUCCGUGAAUGCGCUUUUGGCAGAUCCUCGAAUGCGAGAAAUUGCCCAGCAAAUGGGACUUCAGCCCCAAGAUUUCGGCGAGGAGGCGCAGGCUCUUUGGAACACUCUCAACGACUUAUCCGCAUCGGACCCCAAGCGCUACGAGUCGUUCAUCAACGAGCAAUUGCAGGACGGCCCCCCUCCACCUCCUGCGGACUCGUCAUCGGCCCAAGCCACAAAUGAUGCCACACCACCUCGUUUCUUCACUCCGGACCCUGGUUUCGUGCUUAAAUGCACCAUGUAUCACUCGAUCAAGAGUCAGCAAAAAGAGACCAAGCUCUUCCUUAAUAUCUGUGCACACAACCUCAUAGACGCCCCCAAGAACCCGAAUUCGGGUCUCGAAGUACCUGAAGAUACGCGAGCUGUGCCCAAUACCAGCAGCUUGCAAGUUCCACUUGUCGUGGGCAAGCUACGCGAAGUCACCGACUUCAGUGGCGCUCUCUGCUGUGCCGUAGAUGUCGUAGUGAAUCCUUGGGUACUUCGUCGCAGUGAAUGGGACGCGAAUUUCAAGCGGGAAGUCAUGAAACUCGCAGUGCAGUGGGUACAAGAGGACGCUAAGGUGAGACUCAUUACACCCACAGGAAAGUUUAUCAAAGCUCGAUACAAAGGCGGCGUGACUGUGGGCAGCGAGAUCAUUACGUCCAAGUUCCGCAUUGAGGACGCAGACCCAACCAAGCAGCGCAUGGAGUCACCAGCGGAUCUGCUCAAGCAGAUCCACCUCGACGAAGAUAAGGAGGACGAGGAGGUACAGGAGCUGGCAAUCACGCCGGCGAAAGGGAUCAAAGCCACUCAAAAGCCAGCUAAAAAAGUGCUGAUUGAAGAAAAAAGUGGUGCAGUUAAGCGGGGGUUCUUGAACUCGACCAAGUCUGAAUUGUAUCCGGAGGGAUCAGGUGAAGGCCGUCCGUCGUCAGCGUAUGUUAACCUUCUGAGUCGCAGUAAGAUUCUAGAUCUAGGCGAGAUGGAACAGCAGAGGAAAGCACAACAAGAUGAGCGCAAAGAGACUCUGGCGUUCCUAGAACCAACUGAGAAAGCGAAAGCCACGCAAAAGCGAGCAGCAUCGUCAGCAGAAUCACAAGAAGUUGACUGCGGUGAUCAUUUCUUCGAGCAGCUCUGCGAACAAGCUGAGCCAGACCUUAAACCCAUCACUCGAGACGGCCCUCACAGCCAGACAAUGAGCGGUGAUCAGCUCUUUGGUGAAGGAUUCGAAGAGUUUGCAAAGCUUUUGACGCCUUAG